AGCUGGAAGCUGCCAACUCUUUCAAAUCGAACACGACUUCAUUCUACUUGGAUGCUUGUCUAGCCAUCCCUUCUGUCCUGUCGCCUCAUAACACCGACGCGACCCAAUCUCUCCGGCAACUUCUGUGUCGCACUUACGUCGAUCCGCCGACCUCCCUAGAAAUCUCGUACACCCUGCCGCAGCCUCCCGUCCGACUGCUCCCCGAUCGCUAUACCGCGACACCCUGUCCAAUAUGACGAAACCUAAGAAGGACGUCAAGUUCCAACACAAGGAAGCAAGAAGGCCCAGUAGAUCAUCCAAUGAUAGCCAGGAUGCAAGCGACUUGUCGAGUCCUACCCGGAACGAAAAGCUCUCAAAGCCCGAAGUAAGCCGUAACAUGUCCUACGACGGUGCCUGGACCGACGACGACAAGCCUCAGGAGCCCGUCCCCCAAAGCGAUUAUGAAAAGAAGAAGCAGACCUUCAUCACCAGAACCAUCUGGACCUUAAUCAUGAUCAUCUUCUUCUUCGUCGCAAUGUUCUCCGGUCACAUCUACAUCAUCAUCAUCGUCACUGCCAUCCAGAUCAUCUCUUUCAAGGAAGUCAUCGCCAUUUCAAACGUCCCCAGCAGGGCGCGCAAGCUCCGCUUUACAAAGACUCUCAACUGGUACUUCCUUGGAUCCACCAUGUACUUCUUGUACGGCGAGAGUGUCAUUUACUACUUCAAGCACAUCAUUCUGGUCGACAAGGUCCUGCUGCCUUUUGCUACCCACCACCGUUUCAUCAGCUUCAUGCUCUACGUUAUGGGCUUUGUCUUCUUCGUCGUCUCGCUUGAAAAGGGCCACUACAAGUUCCAGUUCCAGCAGUUCGCCUGGACUCACAUGGCUCUUUACUUGAUUGUCGUCCAGGCUCAUUUCAUCAUGAACAACAUCUUCGAGGGCAUGAUCUGGUUCUUCCUCCCGGCCGCUCUUGUCAUUACCAACGACAUCUUCGCCUACAUCUGUGGCAUCACCUUUGGUCGCACCCAACUCAUCAAGAUCAGUCCCAAAAAGACCGUCGAAGGUUUCGUUGGUGCUUGGGUUUUCACUAUCAUCUUCGCUUUCGGCCUGUCCAACAUCUUGAUGCGCUCCAAGUAUUUCAUUUGCCCUGUCAACAAUCUCGGCGCCAACAUCUUUACUGGUCUUGAGUGCGACGUCAACCCCGUCUUCCUCUCCCACACUUACCAGCUUCCCUUUAUUCCUCCUAACUGGUCUCACCUGCCUACCACUAUCACUGUCGCUCCUGUUCAGUUCCACAUCAUGAUCUUCGCUACCUUUGCUUCGUUGAUUGCUCCCUUCGGUGGCUUCUUCGCGUCUGGUCUCAAGCGUACUUUCAACAUCAAGGACUUUGGUGACUCCAUUCCCGGACAUGGCGGUAUGACCGACCGCAUGGAUUGUCAGUUCAUCAUGGGUUUCUUUGCAUACAUGUACUACCAGAGUUUCAUCGCCGUAUACAAGGCCUCCGUUGGCAGUGUCAUCGAGACCGCCAUUACUGGCCUUACCCCUGAACAACAGAUGGAAGUCGUCAAAGGUUUGAGCAAGCAUCUCGUCAACCAAGGCAUUAUCAACCCCCGGGUGCUCGAAUACCUUGGUGAGCAACUCAGGAGAUAGAUUUCUCGCCAAACCCCUUCAUCCACAAAAGUCACGACAAACUGGCCUUCUUCCCUUUCCCCCCAGUUUAAUGUAUAAAUACCCCUUUUGAUUUUCUUUUGAAGCGUGUCACCGCCGAUCUUCUCUUCUUUUUGUUUUCGAAUUUGGUGGUUCUAGAACGAACAGAUUUAGUAGAAUUUGCGCAACUCGACGUAUCAAUCUUCAAGCUUCUUGUCCUUGACAGACAUUCUCGCCUUGCGAGUACAGUUCAGUAUGUUUGCGCUACAUUGACCUCGUGUCAUCUCUGCUGC